CCUAGAUAAUAAUGGCAAAUAAACGGAAUUUUACGCGUUGUUCGUUUAAAUGGUGCCCGGUGCCCAGCUUGUGUGUUAUGGCUUCCUUUCGUAGGCUCGUUGCUAGGACAAGCAUUUUUUCUUCUGGAGCUUAUCUCAACUUAGGGUUUGGAGGAACCCGUCGUAGCUAUAAUGCCGUCAAUUCAACACUGUCGAAAUUGGAGGAAGAUAUGCGAGCUGAAGUAGGCGCAAAUUCAACUCUUGAUGUUGAUGAAAUAGCGAAAAUUCGCCGUGAAUUUGAUGCAGCAAAACAAAGCUUUCUCAAGAUUCCCGAGACCCUUAAGGGAUCGCCGAAAAUGAAUCCUAAAGGCAUAUAUGUUAAUAAGAACAUGCGGCUGGAUCACAUCCAAGUUUAUGGAUUUGAUUACGACUAUACUUUGGCACAUUACUCUUCUAACUUACAGAAUUUGAUAUAUGAUCUUGCGAAGGAACAUAUGGUUAAUGAGUUUAGGUACCCUGAGAUAUGCAUGAAUUUCUGUUAUGAUAAGAAUUUUCCCAUUAGAGGCCUCUACUAUGACAAGAAAAAUGGUUGUCUAUUGAAGUUGGAUUUCUUUGGGUCGAUUGAGCCUGAUGGAUGCUACUAUGGGCGUCGCAAGCUAAGUUUGAAAGAAAUAGAACAAAUAUAUGGCACGCGACACAUUGGUCGUGACCAAGCACGAGGGCUUGUUGGCUUGAUGGAUUUCUUUUGCUUUAGUGAGGCAUGCCUGAUUGCAGAUAUAGUGCAACAUUUUGUUGAUGCUAAGCUGGAAUUUGAUGCGUCAUACAUCUAUCAAGAUGUAAAUCGUGCAAUUCAACAUGUUCAUCGUAGUGGGUUGGUUCACAGAGGAAUUCUUUCUGAUCCUUGUAAAUAUCUUGUGAAAAAUGGCCAGUUACUUCACUUUCUUAGGAUGCUGAGAGAGAAGGGGAAGAAGCUCUUUUUGUUGACUAACUCUCCUUAUUAUUUUGUGGAUGGAGGCAUGGAUUUUAUGUUGGAGGAUUCUUUAGGUUGCAGAGACUCGUGGAGGGAACUUUUUGAUGUUGUGAUUGCUAAAGCCAAUAAGCCAGAAUUCUAUACAUCUGAGCAUCCAUUCCGUUGUUAUGACAUGGAGAAGGACACCCUAGCCUUUACAAAGGUGGAUGAGUUUCUUCCUAAAAGAAUUUACUACCAUGGAUGUCUCAAAUCCUUUCUACAAAUUACCAAAUGGAAUGGCCCAGAGGUGAUAUACUUUGGUGAUCACCUAUUUAGUGAUCUAAGGGGGCCUUCAAAAGCUGGGUGGCGCACUGCAGCCAUCAUCCACGAACUAGAAAAUGAAAUUCGUACACAAAAUGAUGACAAUUAUCGUUUUGAACAGGCAAAAUUUCAUAUCAUACAAGAACUGCUCGGCAAAUUGCAUUCAACCGUAGCUAAUGGUAUGAGAAGUGAAUCAUAUCAGUUGCUUUUGGGGGAGCUAAAUGAGGAGAGGCAGAAGGCACGACAGGUGAUGAAAAAAAUGUUUAACAAGUCUUUUGGAGCCACUUUCCUCACUGAUACAGGUCAAGAAUCUGCUUUUGCCUAUCACAUCCAUCAAUACGCUGAUGUCUAUACCAGCAAGCCUGAGAACUUUUUGCUCUACCCACCUGAAGCAUGGCUUCAUGUACCCUUUGAUAUCAAGAUAAUGCCACAUCACGUAAAGGUGGUAAAGGGGAAUGAUGGAUUGGAGUCCAAUUCCCAUUUGUGGAGUCUUUUUGUUCAACCAUGCAUGAAGAAGAAUAUCCCAUCCAAUUCCAAUUCCUAGGCUCUCUUUUAUUUUUAUUUUUAUUUUUUUUAAUUUUAAUUUUUGUCUAAACCAUAUAGGCGCAUAGUAUUUGACAUAAUAUAUGGCCUUAUUAUUCAUUCAUUGCCUAACAUCCACUACCACAUAUCAUAGCUAAUUGAAUUGUAGUUAUGGCAAAGAUUUUGACUACAUCUAAAAUUAAUCACAUCAUGUUAGCUACAUGCUCACUCUCCUCAAUCCCUUUCGUUCGAUAAAGCUUAGGCUUUGUUUGGUUUGUGAAAUUGCAAGGAAUAGGUUGGGGAUAUAGUAGCCAUUCCAUGCUGAAUAACUAUCUAUUGAUUUGGUUCAAAUUUAAAUGUGGAAUGUCAUUUCAUGGAAUAGUAAUUAUAUAAUUUUAAUUCUUUAUUAAA